CUAACAAUCUCUGUUGUUCCACAAUACAAAUAUGUGGGGAGAAAAGUUGUGCAGGAAGCAUAGUUUCCAUGAUAGCAGAGUUUGUUGGUGAAAGCGUGAAAGUUCAAUGGGUAAUCUGUUGGGCAAGUAAUUCCAUUUUGGUAGAAAACGGAGACCUCAAAUUUCUUAAGUAUGUUAUGUGGGCGGAACGUUUGAGUCAUAUGUCGUCUGAUCCAACGACGUCAUUGUUGGAUCAGGAAAUACUCGGCGACCAGGAAAACGAAGAAAGAAAACAACUUUAAGUUAUGGCUUUUGAAGAUGUCUGGAAGAAAAUAUCCUGGUUGUAUUACCAGUAUAUUCUCGUCACGGCUUUAUACAUGUUGGAGCCUUGGGAGAGAACCAUAUUCAACUCUAUCCUAAUAUCUGUAGCAGGGAUGGCAGUGUACACUGGAUAUGUAUUCAUGCCUCAACACAUCAUGGCCAUACUGCACUAUUUUGAGAUGGUUAAAUGAGGAAUCACACCCACGCCUGGAUUUGUCAUUGACUGCUGUCACCGUAGAAUUAGAACAAAUUCGGAUUCAAAUUCUAUGGAUGUCAUGUGGGCCUGGAGAACAGAUAGAGAGAGAGAGAUGAUCUCGUUCCAUUCCUUGAACUGUUUUUUCUAUACUCGUUAUCAUGGAAGCAUGAUCAGUGUUUGUGGACUGAGGGGGGGGACGAUGACGACACAGAUUAGUGCUGGGGCACAUCUGAUGUUCUAGGACAUUAAACCAUUGUUGUCUUAACAAGUUGCUCUAGCGUUUGCACAGCAAAUGUAAGUUUUGUUUCCUAUUGUGCGGAUAUCCUUAUUAUUCAUUUGACCAUUCAUGAAAAUCCCUCCUGUAAUUGUGAUUGUAUACAUAUCUGUAAAGUUUUCAAGUUUGUGUUCAUUAGCAUUUUGUGUUGUUAUCAACUGAUCCGUCUCAGGCUGGAACACCUCAUUUGGAGAACACUACUGAAGCUGUGAUAUUCUAAUUUCUUUAAUAAAUCUACAGAAGUGACCAAAUGAGUCCUAAAUGCCUGAGUAUGUCCCAAGUAUGAUUGACUUAAGUUUUGUAAAACCUUUUGAUGUUAAAUCCUGUAAUGUUAAUUGUUCUGUGAAUUAUAAUCUCUUUUUGCCCUGGUAAGAUAACGGAAAAGCAAGAAAUAUAUAAAUGUAACUGCCUAUAAGACUGAGUGAAGUUACUGGCAUUCCUUCAUUGAUUCCAUGAAACAGCUCUUGCUAUCUAUUUAUGAACAGGUGAUGAAUGUACAAUUAGAUGCAAGUCAAUCUUAUCUGUUUUAUUUAAAAAUGAAUGUUUCAUGAAUGAUGUGAUUCCAGCAACAACUGUCUCACCUUAUGCCUACAGUAUAUUAAAUGUGUCACUGCUUUCAAUAAAAAGGUUGGUGGGAGUGG